AUGCCGGCGAACAAGAUGGUGGUGCAGGGCGCGCAAAAGCGACCCCCAGCACGUGCGACCACACAGGCCAACUUGGAAGGAGGAGCAGAGGCCACAGCAUCCGUCGUGGUGGUGGCGCGCAUUCGGCCCAAGCUGCCGAAGGAAGAGAGCGAACGUGACGGCGUGGAAACCUACCUCGAUGGACAAACCGUGGGGAUUUUCAACGGGCGCGACAAGAAGCAGUACACCUUGGACCAAGUCUUUGACUCGCGUUGGAAGGGAGCCCAGAACACGGCCCGCUCUGCCGGCUCCACUGACAGCGGAACCGACAAGCUCACCCAAGCAGAGCAGAAGAAGCAAGAAGCUGCGGAGUCGCAGGCAAAGUUCUUCGCCGAGUUCGGUCGCAAUCUGGUGGUUAGUUCAUUGAAAGGCUACAACGUGUGCGUGUUUGCGUAUGGCCACACGGGCUCUGGCAAGACGUACACCAUGCUGGGCGACGCUGCGGGCAGCGGGCGCGGCGCCGCCGCUGGGUUGCUGCCUCGUUUCCUCACUGAGCUCUUCUCUGAGCAUGAGGAUGUGCCCCGGCCGACCUCCUGGCGCUGCAGCUGUGAGUUCUUCGAGGUCUACAACGAGCAGAUUAGGGAUUUAUUGCAGCCAGCCGGGCAGUCGCAUCAAACGAAGAAGAGGGUGCACUGCCAUCCCAAGCACGGUGCCCGCAUUGAAGGUUUGACGAUGUCUGUUGUGGAUUCUGCGGAAGAGGUCAUGGAACUGUUGAGCUUUGGCAACCAGAUGCGGACUGUGGCAGCUACUACGAUGAACUCACGGUCCUCUCGCAGUCAUGCUUUCUUCAAUUUCAAGUAUGAGCAGGUUGAGAAGGAGGAGCAGCCUGCAGGGCCUCCGGCCGUGCGUGGCAAAGAGCGGCGUGUGACGAUCGCAGCGUCAGCCACCCCGGACAAUGCGGAACAAUCUGCGGCGGCGAGUGCUGUGACUUUUGUCGACCUUGCGGGCCGCGAAGAGCGCGAACGCCUGGGGAAUCACCCUGGAGCGCUGCAGUACAAGGAGAUGUGCUUUAUCAACACGUCCUUGUUCCACUUGGCCCACCUGAUUACGAAAAUAUCCGCAGGUGGCCUGCAGAGUAACAAUCUGUCGGACUUCCGGAACUCCAAGGUGACGAUGCUCCUGUCCCAGGCCCUGCAAGGGAACUCGCGCACGGCGGUGGUGGCCACGUUGUCGCCACUUCAGUCGGCCUUCGAAGACUCCAUGUCGACACUGAACUUUGCAGCGUCUGCAAAGAAGAUCCAGACCAAGCCAGUUGUGAAUUCGCUCUCCGCCACACAGAAGCUUGCCGAGCUGGAGAACGAGGUCCACAGUCUACAAGUUGAGCUGGCGCAUAGCAAGACCAGCAACACGGAGAAGGAGCAGGAGCUGCUCUCCGCCCAAGCCUGGAUCAACUACUACAAGCGGUCCUGGGAGGAGGACGAAGAGCGCCAGGCGCGUUGGCCUUUCUGGCCGGUGCUGGGCCCAGGGAGAGACUGGAGAGGAUCCUGCCAAUGCCGCGGCUCGGCGGAGUUUUGGGAGUCCAGACCGGUGCUUGUGCUGUCCAGUCCGGACCCGUGGGGGCAGAAGCAAGAGGACUCCAACGCCUUGGAGGUGCUUCAUCGGAUCUGGGGCAGCGCCCCGUGGCCGCCCCCGGGGCUGGAGCGCAGGCCGCCGGACGAGAAGACGCCCAGCCCUUUUGUAGGCCUCCGCUUCGGCGCCUCGGUGCUGGCGUUUGUGGUGUGCUUUGGCGCGGGCUUGGCCGUGGGACUGCGCGCGGCCAGAGAAGGUCAAGGAUCCAGGUUUUGGCUGCACAUUGAGGCGCUGACUUCGUCCAUUUUGUGGCGCCACACUCACCAGCGUGCCGUGCUCAUGCACCUGGUCCGGAUAGCCAUCCCGUUGCUCAUUCUGACAGGCAUCAGCAGGAUGCAGGCCUGGUUGGUGGAGCAGUUCGGUCAUAAGGACACGCAAAAGAUUCUUGAGAUAACCGGCUUGACUCCGAAGAAUGUUGUGGAUGGCAUCGUGGAAUACUGCCUGUCCCUGGCGAUGGUCUAUGUGGUCAUGGUCUCGAUGCUGUUCUUUGUUUGGCAUGUGGCCGCAGAGAAGCAGGCCGGCUUUCGACACCUGCUCCAUGUGAGCGGGCUGUCGCGGUCUGCGCACCCUGGCUUCGGACUGUCGGGGUGGGUGGUGAGAUGGGCGAGUUUUAGCCGCGAGGACAAUGCCACGCUCUUUGUGGCAGGAUUCGGUAGCAGCGCCAUUUUCGGCACCUUUGUGGGAUCCAUGGCAGACAAGCACGGCCGGCGAAGGUUCGCAGCUUUGUAUUGCGUCCUCUACUGUCUGUCCUGCCUCACCAAGCACUUCAAAUCCUUUGAAAUGCUCAUGGUGGGGCGAAUCACGGGAGGUAUUGCGACCUCGCUUUUGUUCAGUGUGCUGCCUGUCUCAAACUGGAUCGCGUGUCGUCGUUGGGUUAUGGUGCCUUCCAUGCUGUUGGGGCCGAAGGUCAGUCCCCAGCCGGGCCCCGCGCUCCGGGCUGAGAAGCCCAAGUCGCGGCCGUGUGCCGGCAAGCUGCGUGCGGCGCACGGCGCCCUGCUGCAGGCGGUGAGUGAGGGCAACGACUUCAAGGUGCAGGAGGUUCUGCAGACCGCAGAAUUCCUCCUGGAGCGCACGGAUGGGGAAGGCCACACCGUGCUGCACCUCGCCGCCAUGCGUCCCCCGCGGGAGGCCCCUGGCGCAGUUUGGGUCUUAUCGUACCUGCAGCACUGCCGGGCAGACCUCGAGGCGCGCAACUUGCUAGGGGAGACGCCGCUGGUGAUGGCGGUCCGCGCAGCUCUGGCGCAUGCCCCGAAGGGCAAGGGCAGAAGUGUGGAGGAGGAGGUCCGCCAGGAGUGGUUGAGUGUGGUGUCCUGCCUCCUGGAGGGCAGGGCCGAUCCCAACGCCGCCGAUGACCUCAACGAGGAGACCCCUUUGAUGGAGGCUGCGUGCCAAGGCAGCCAUGUUAUGUGCCACCUCUUGCUGAGCUUCAGGGCAGAUGUGUCCUGCACCACUGGCACUGGCGCCACCGCCAUCGACUUUGCUUCCAGCGAGGGCCAUGGGCCUUUGGUGAAGCACUUGACGCAUGUCCUGUCGGACUGCCAGCGGUCACAGGCCAGGGAGGCUGGGGCCAAGACUCUGAAGCCGUCGGAGCUGCCGUUCGCCACGUCGCUGGGCUUCACGACCUGGUCAGCGGGAAGGUCCUGGCAGCCGCCGUGCCCCCCCAAGCCAAGCGAAGCGGACAGCUCUGCGUCUGGCACGGGCACGCAGAGCGAGGCUCCAAGCUUUUCGCCCGGCAUCUUUGGUCCAGGGGCCGAGGUUUUGAGGGGCAUCAACUUCCACACCUACGCGGAUAAGACAUUUGCGGACAGCCGCCUUCCGUUCUCCUCAGGCUCACGGUCUGGCGCCCGGCCGGAAUCGGAGCCCAAGGCGCCUUGGGCAGAGCACUUGAGGACCUUGGGCCUGCCCGGGCACGCCACAGCGGAUGAAGUGCGGGCCGCCUAUCGCAGGUUGGCCUUGCAGUACCACCCGGACAAGAACCAAGGCAGCGAGGAGGCCGCCGCAAAGUUCCGCGAAGUGAAGCGAGCUUACGAGCUUUUGUCUGCCAGCUUCUGA